AUGCAAUUCCGCGUCGUAAUCCCAGAAGGGACCAGGCAGAACUCUACAAUUCGAAUUCGAUGCCCAGAUGGCACAGAGGCAGACGUGAAGAUUCCAGGGGGACUAAAGCCUGGCGAUCCCUUCCUUUUUGACAUCUCUGUCGAUCAACUAACGAAUCCCCAAGCACUUCUGGAUACACUAAAGGAAAAUUCAAUCGCAUCUGAUAGUCUAUCGAUGAAAAAAGGAUUCUUGGAACGAGAUAUUUUGGUAUCCUCUAUGCGACGAGAAAUUCUCAAGCAGAUAGUGCACCCAUGCAUUCGAUUAAAUGAAUCGGCGGCAGCGAUACAGUAUACAAACCAAGAAGUAACAGGGUACUAUGCACCAGAUGGAUUACGUGCCGAAUUACACCCAACCAGACGUUUGACCUCUGAUGAACGCAAAACAAUAUUUCAUAACGCGCCAAACAAACAAUGCGGAGCUCAAUCCUUAAAACAAAAGAAGAAAUUGGAUGAACUUGACGUUCUACAGUUUCUUAGGGGUCAGAGCUUUGAGGAAGCGCUUCCAGCAGAACUAGACAAACUCAGCCCCGCGGAAAUCAAAUCCGUGUUUGUAGUCAGAGAUUCAAUUGUCUUCAUGCAUGACCCUCCUGCUUCCUAUCAUCCAAAGGUGGUGGGUAUCAAGAUGCCUGUGGAUGGAAAUGAUAGAUUCUUGACGCUUCAAGGUGGUGGCAACAAAAGAGAUAUCAAGUUUAUGUUGGCUUACAAAAAGGACGAGCACUGCUUUGAAGAGUUCACAAAGCCGUAUAUUCUCUUGGAGAAGAGAAAUGGAAGCAGACACGUUCGCACACGCGUUCCUGUCGAGGCUCUAAAGAGUGCCCAUCCCGGAAACAAUUGA